UGCCCCGUAUGCAGCGGCUGAAUAUGGCGGAGGAUGAGGUGGUGAAGCUGUGUAAGGACGUGGAGAGUCAGGCUGCUGCUGAAGAUCGCUCUCGCUCUGCUAAAGGCUGCAGCACCGCGGAGCUCAUUCGGCCUCAGAACCGCGCCUACUUCCAGAAAAAGAUGGACCUUCUGGUGCAAGACAUCUUUGAGCAUGAGGAAUACGACAGUCUGCUGAACUCGGGAGAGAUCAACUAUGACAGUAUGACAUCCAGAAGAAGGUCUAAUUCUCGGGGAACCAAGUCCUUCAGUCCUGUCCACACCAAGAGACGUCGCAGACGAAAACGGAAGAGCGAAAUUCACAGCUGCUCAGUGUGUGGGAAGAGUUUUAAAUAUUUAACUGCUCUCAAAACACACCAUCUGACUCACACAGGACAGAAACCAUUUCAGUGCUCGGAGUGUGGGAAGACUUUUGGUCGAAAGAGGAAUCUCUAUAUCCAUCUGCGUGUUCACACAGGAGUGAAACCGCAUCUCUGCUUGGAGUGCGGCAAGAGAUUCAGGGAUUCAUGUGCUCUCAAAACACACCACCUCAUUCACACGGGAGAGAGGCCGCACAAAUGCUCAGAGUGUGGGAAGAGUUUCAAUCAGAGGAUCGGUCUCCGACUGCACCAGCGUACUCACACCGGAGAGAAGCCGUAUCGCUGCCCCGAGUGUGGGAAGAGCUUCAGCGUCCAGAGUAACCUCCUGACGCAUCAGCGGGUUCACACGGGAGAGAAGCCCUUUCAGUGCUCGGAGUGUGGAAGGAGUUUUACUAGACAGAGCAGUCUCCAAAAUCACCAGCGCAGUCACACUGGAGCGAAACCAGAUCACUGCUCUGGCAGUGGGAAGAGUCCUGGAGAUUCAAGUCCUCGCAAAACACGCCAUUCCAUUCAAAAAGGAGAGAAAACACAUCAGUGCUCGGAGUGUGGGAAGACUUUCGGUAGGAAGAGGAAUCUCCACAUCCAUCUGCGCAUGCACAAAGGAGUGAAACCAUACCUCUGCUUGGAGUGCGGCAAGAGAUUCAGAGAUUCAUGUGCUCUCAAGACACACCACCUCAUUCACACGGGAGAGAGACCGCACAAGUGCUCCGAGUGUGGGAAGGGUUUCAAUCAGAGGAUCGCUCUCCGACUGCACCAGCGUCUUCACACUGGAGAGAAGCCGUAUCGCUGCUCAGAGUGCGGCAAGACCUUCACCGUUCAGAGUAAUUUCCUGAGACACGAGCGCAUUCACACGGGAGAGAGACCGCAUCACUGCUCUGAGUGUGGGAAGAGUUUUGGGCGUGCGAGCACUUUAAUGAUGCACAAGUGCAUUAAACGAGAGGCGGAAACCGUUUCCAGCAGGUGGCGCUAUCUCCAUAACUGCUUCUGCAGCUCCACAAACCAGAGAAGAAGCUCUCCAGUGUUGUUGGAGGAGGAGAUCAGGAGCUGCCCUGCUGCGGAGUCAGCAGAAGGGAUGCAGAGCAGAAGGAGCCUACUCAUGAGUGUCCAGAGGGCCCACGGCUGGCUCACUAGAGGGGCAAAGUCUCUAACCCAGGUCACAGAAAACAGUGAGACAGAAAAGAUAGACGUUCUGGUGCAAGGCCUCUUCCAGCAUGAGGAAUACACCAGUCUGCUGAAAUCAGGAGGGAAUAAAUAUGACAAUAUGGCAUCCAGAAGAAGCUCAAAUUCUCAGGCAACCAAGUCCUUUGGCCCUAACCACACUAAGGCGUGUCGUGGAGGAAAAAAGAAGAACGGCUGCUCAGAGUGUGGAAAGAGUUUUCGUCAGCAGCGCCGUCUCCAGCGACACCAGCGCGUCCACACAGGAGAGAAGCCGUUCUAUUGCUCGGAGUGCGGGAAGAGCUUUUCUCGCCGCAGUAAUUUUCAGAGACACCAGUACAUUCACACAGGAGAGAAACCGCACCAGUGCUCUGAGUGCGGGAAGAGUUUCAGAGACUCGGGUUCUCUGAAAAAACACCACCUCGUUCACACAGGAGAGAAACCGUAUCGGUGCUCAGACUGCGGGAAGAGCUUUACUCAACAGAUCACUCUCUCACUGCACCGGCGCAUCCACACAGGGGAGAAACGGUAUCACUGCUCAGACUGUGGCAAGAGUUUCACCCUGAAGGGGAAUCUCCAAAAACACCAGCGCGUUCACACAGGAGAGAAACCGUAUUACUGCUCCGAGUGCGGAAGGAGCUUCACUCUGCAGAGUAACCUCCAGAGACACAAGCGCAUUCACACGGGAGAGAAGCCGUACCGCUGCUCUGAAUGUGGGAAGAGUUUUACCAUACAGAGUAACCUCCAGAGACACAAGCGCAUUCACACGGGAGAGAGACCGCAUCACUGCUCAGACUGUGGGAAGAGUUACAGGCGCGCAAACACUUUAACGACCCACAAGUGCAUUAAAACAGAGGCGGAAACCUAUGAUAUCUUUUACUGGGUCAAGUUGGUUAGUGAUGUUGGGAAGGAAGGCUGGGGUCUGCAGUAUGGCCUGUCUGAGUGCGGGAGAAGUUUCGUUCUCCAGCGUAAUCUUCAAGCCCACCAGUGCAUUCAGACAGGAGAGAAACUGUACCACUGCUCAGAAUGUGGGAAGAGUUUUACUCGUCCAAGUAGACUCGAGAAACACCAGCGAAUUCACGCAGGAGUGACGCCACAUUACUGCUCCAAGUGUGGAAAGAGUUUUAGAGAUCCAAGCAAUCUCAAAAAACACCAGCGCAUCCACACAGGAGAAAAACCGCAUCCCUGUUCAGAGUGUGGGAAGGGUUUUAGAGAUACAAGUGCGCUGAAAAAACACCAGCGUGUUCACACAGGAGAGAAACCGUAUCGGUGCUCAGAGUGUGGGAUGAGUUUUAGUCAACAGAGUAAUCUCCAAACCCACCAGCGCAUUCACACUGGAGAGAAACCACAUUACUGCCCGGAGUGUGGAAAUAGCUACAGGCAUGCUAGUUCUUUACAGAGACACAAAUGCAAUUCUGGUGCAAGUCGUCUUCUGCGCUACGUGUCCGUCUUCCUAUACAGUUUACAUUUACCUUCACAAACGCAUCAGAUGCCACAAAUGGAAUGCGCUGCAGAGCUGUCAGAAGAGACUAAAUGCAAGAACACGGAAUCUGUAAUCGGCUCUGGUUCUCAAUCAAUAUUUAGUACAUCUCAAACACAGACAAAUGAAAGCAAUGAGAGAGUUCACCACUGUUCUGACUGUGGAAAGAGUUUUAAUGAGCAGCGUGAUCUCCAGCGACACCAGUGCAUUCACACAGGAGAGAAACCGUAUCACUGCUCAGAGUGCGGGAGAAGUUUUAUUCUACAGCAUGAUCUACAGAAACACCGGUGUAUUAUUAUAGAAGUCAAACCAUUUUCCAGAGCAAGAAAUAAUCUCAAAAAACACCAGAACAGGGACAGGCAGCUGUACUGCUGCUCCGAGUGUGGGAAGAGUUUUACUAAACACUGUAAUCUCAAAUCGCAUCAGCGCGUUCACACAGGAGAGAAACCGUAUCGGUGCUCAGAGUGUGGGAAGAGUUUUACUCGUCAGGGGAGUCUCCAAGCGCAUCGGCGGAUUCAUACAGGAGAGAAGCCGUAUCGGUGUUCAGAGUGUGGGAAGAGUUUUAAUCGUCAAAAUAGACUUCAAACCCACCAGCACAUUCACACAGGAGUGAAACCGUGCUACUGCCCAGAAUGUGGCAAGAGCUUUAGAGAUCCAAGUACUCUCAAAACCCACCAGCGCAUUCACACAGGAGAGAAGCCGUAUCACUGCUUGGAGUGCGGAAAGAGCUUUAAUCAACAGAGUAAUCUCCAGAUCCACCAGCGCAUUCACACUGGAGAGAAACCACAUUACUGCUCCCAGUGUGGAAAGAGCUACAGACACUCUUGUUCAUUACAGAGACACAAAUGCAUCAAGACAGGGGCAGAAACCUAAGAUGUUUGUUCUGUUGAAUGUGGUUGUUAAUAUUGACUAAAUGCCUAUAUGGAAGCUGUGUGAUUUAGUGUGUAUAUGAUUGUAAUUGUUAUACCUAAACAGCUGUAAGUUUAAUUCUGCAUCUUUAGUUAAGUGUGAUUUCUGAAUUAAGCAUGAAACAGGUGCAGGGAUGGUGGGGGCGAAUUUCAUGGAAUUCAGCCUGUUAAUCUUGUACCGUGUCAGGAAUGACCAUGUGAAAUAUUUUCAGGACAGUAAGUUUAGUUAGUGUCUUAAUGAAUAAAUCACUUUGUUCCCGCUUUAGGGUUUUGAGCAUUUUCUCCCUUCCCAUUGUGCCUGGCAGAUCUGAGAGAUAAUGAGGUCAAAUGUCUAGAACUGCUGUACACCGAUGGAGAAACAUGGCUAGGCAUGAGCCUUAAACUUAUUUUCAUUUAGUAUACUCUUGAAAAUGGUGGUUCUUCAAGGGUUCUUGAGUAAACACAGUAGUUCUUUAUAAAACCAUGAACACUCAAAGAGCCAUUUGCAAGGCUCAACCGAUUCUUGGCACAAUGAAAUGGUUAUUCAGGUUGAUGGAGUUGUGUU